UGUUCUGCAUAUUCUGCAUUAUCCACCGGCGUGAAUUUUUUGCAACCAAGAAGCGGAAUCGAAUAUAUACUGAAAUAAACAAAUUUUGCAAAUUAUUUAAAGGCUUACAUCGAUUUGAAAGAUUAUUUGAAGCGCGCGAGUGUAAAUAGUUUACGCAACACUCCCAAUUUGUUAUUUGGCGGGGCAAAUCGAAGUUGGUUCUCAUAGCCAAAGCGUCGUUGUGUGUAUAACAAGAUGGCGUCCUCACAAGUCUCAAACAAAUCGGGCUCCGGCUGGCCACGGCGCGGCAGUCAAGGCCAAGCGGAUGCCAGCAUUAGCAAUAAUGGCACGCAAAAAUAUGCGCCCAAUCAAGCACUCACGAUCAACCGGACAAUCAAUCUCUACCCGCUGACCAACUACACAUUCGGCACCAAGGAGCCACUCUUCGAGAAGGACCCAUCGGUGCCGUCACGUUUCCAGCGUAUGCGCGAGGAAUUCGAUCGCAUUGGUAUGCGUCGCUCUGUGGAGGGUGUGCUCCUCGUUCACGAGCAUGGACUACCACAUGUGCUGCUCCUGCAGCUGGGCACCACGUUCUUCAAGCUGCCCGGCGGUGAGCUAAACGCUGGUGAAGAUGAAGUAGAAGGUCUCAAGCGGCUGCUCUCUGAGACGCUGGGUCGUCAGGAUGGCGUUAAACAGGAUUGGAUUGUUGAGGACACCAUCGGCAAUUGGUGGCGCCCGAAUUUCGAGCCACCGCAAUAUCCAUACAUUCCACCGCACAUAACCAAACCGAAGGAGCACAAGCGAUUGUUCCUGGUGCAGUUACAUGAAAAGGAUACGGACGGGAACGCCAGUUACGAUGUACCCUGAGCUGUUCCAAUAGCGCCGUGUUGUGUUGUGUAAUCUCUCACAUCUGCAUCUGGCAUCUGCCCAACCAAGCAUAGAGCUCUUCCCCAACGCUCUAAUCUCAAGAGUGCAAACAAACAGAAAUGAAAACAGAAUCAGAAACAGAUCGCAUAAUGGCCCGAGGCGCAUAAAUUUAACUCUUCUUAGUUCGUCGAUUCUAGUUCAAAUUUUUUUGUACAAAGGAAAACUUACUUCAAAUUGUAUUUGUUGCUCUCAGAGUUGUUGGCAUAUUUUUGCGCAUAUUCCGAAAUUCGUUUGAUUGUUCUUGUAUUAAUUUUGUAAAUAUGUCGACAUUUCUGUGAACCAGAGAGCGAAAUCAUCCAACACACGAUACUCAUUUUGUUUGUUAUGUGUUUGAGCCAACAUUUGAACCGGGCAGGCAGUCAGCAGUUGAAGUGAAGCAUUGUAAACAAUUUAGCUCUGGUUGUCGUCUGCGGAAAUGUUCGCAAAUCUCGCGUGUUGUGCUGAUUUGCGUGCAUGGCAAACGCAACUUGACUAGGCAGGCAGUCAGUCGUUCCUUAAAUAACUAUUAAGCACUUCUUUAUGUACAACAACAAAUUAUAAUUCUGUGUGUUAGUAGUGCCUUGACAUCAUCCAUUGUGCAACAUUCGCGCGCACUUUUACACCAUGUAUAAAUGAAUGUUUCUCUUAAUGGUAAUCGAAAUUUUGUUCACAAUUAGUAGACUUCGUUUGAUGCGCAAAGUGUGCCUAGAGUAUACAUAUAUAUAAAUAUAUAUAUGUUGAAGUGUCCCAUCUGAGCUGGAUGUGGAGCAUUUUGCGCAUGAAGAACGAAACCUAAUAAUUUAGUUUAACGAAGUAUCAACAACUGUGAAUGUAAACAAUCUAAUACAACUUUUAUAUAUCAUACGUAUUUAUGGCAGCGAAUCUUUCUUAUGUAAAUUGUUUUGUAUAACCGAUUGUAAUUAUCUAGUUAUUGCAAUAAUAAUAUGUGAUAUUUCCCAUAUAUUGAUAUCGAAUGCUCUGUGCUACAUACAUAAAUUCUGUC